GACGUUAUUGCUCUUACAGAUAAUUACGUUAGGAGAGACAAUGGCGAGUAGGAAGAACAGAGGGAACACCCAGUGGACGGCAUGGCUAACUCCUGUCAUCGUCUUGGCUUGUAUCGCCGUCUUCAUCGUUGUCAUGUUCGUCAACGACUGCCCUAAGACGGUUGCUGGCGCCAACGGAGAUUGCGUGCCAAGGUUUCUCCGUAGGUUCUCGUUCCAGCCACUCAGCGAGAACCCUCUCUUAGGCCCAACUUCUUCAACAUUGGAGAAGAUGGGAGCAUUGGAAUGGAGCAAAGUCGUGAAAGGUAAUGAAAAAUGGAGGCUAGUCAGUUCUAUGUGGCUCCAUGCCGGUGUCAUUCAUCUUGUUGUUAAUAUGUUCAAUGUGGUCGUCAUCGGUUUCCGCCUUGAGCAGCAGUUUGGAUUCAUAAGAGUGGGGCUUAUCUACUUGAUAUCUGGAUUGGGUGGUAGCAUCCUCUCCGCACUCUUCCUUCGAAACAGUAUCUCUGUUGGCGCCUCAGGCGCUCUCCUUGGACUCCUUGGAGCUAUGUUAUCCGAACUUCUCACCAACUGGACCAUAUACGCCAACAAGCUUGCUGCUUUGUUCACCAUCUUGUUCAUUGUGGCAAUCGAUUUAGCAAUAGGUCUGCUUCCUCGAGUUGACAACUUUGCACACAUUGGUGGGUUCUUAACCGGAUUUCUCCUCGGGUUUGUACUACUAGUCAGGCCUCAGUACGGGUGGGAAGAGUCUCACAACUCUAUUUCUCAGUACGGUGCUCCUCGUGCCAAAUCAAAAUAUAACCCUUGCCAGUACUUGUUGUUCUUUAUCGCUGCUGUUUUGGUCGUUGGAGGUUUAGCGGUUGGGAUUGUGAUGCUGCUCAGAGGAGAGAAUGGGAACAAAUUUUGCACAUGGUGCCAUCACGUGGACUGUAUCGAGACUUCCAAGUGGUCUUGUUGAUUUUCAAAACAUAACUAUUGUUUUUUUUUUUUUGAAAAGGUGUUAUUGUCCUUUUUGUGUUGCUCCUUUUGUUUUCUAACUGUAACUAAAGUUUAAUUGUGUUUUUCUUUUUAAGUAUUUGACUGAGUGGGAUUCUUUGAUAGUUUGAAUUAUAUGUGA